AUGUCGUCCGGUCACGAUAAUAAACAAGAUCCUAAACAAGAUCCUAAACAGGAUACUAAACAACCAUCAGUUCCAUCAGGUCCUGUAUGUGGUGGUGUUGGUGGUCUUAGACCAGUUAAUGAAGAUGAUUUAAAAAUUUGGGAAAUGUAUAAAGAACAUUUAGAAAAGAAGAUUCAAGAUCAAUUCCAUGUACCUAAAACUUUUACACUGAAACCAGUUCAAGUUGCUACACAAGUUGUAGCUGGAGCAAAUUAUUUUUUUAAAGUUGAAUUACCUGAUAAAAAAUAUGCAACAGCUCGUGUCUAUCAUGUUCCAUGGCAAAAAGAUACACAUGGUAAAGCCGAACAAGUAGCUGUACAUGCUAAAUUACUCGAUAGUCCAACUGCGGAUGUUGGCCAUUUUUAA